UUUCCAACGAGCUGGAGGGGGUGAAAGAUGGCGACGCCCCUCGGGUGGUCGCAGGGGGGGUCAGGAUCUGUGUGUCUCGCCUUCGAUCAACUGCGGGACGUGAUUGAAUCGCAGGAGGAACUGAUCCACCAGCUGAGGAAUGUGAUGGUUCUCCAAGAUGAAAAUUUUGUCAGUAAAGAAGAGUUCCACGCAGUGGAGAAGAAGCUGGUGGAAGAAAGAGCUGCCCAUGCCAAGACCAAGGCCCUCCUGGCCAAGGAAGAGGAGAAAUUACAAUUUGCCCUCGGAGAGGUAGAGGUGCUGUCUAAGCAGCUGGAGAAAGAGAAGCUGGCCUUUGAAAAAGCGCUCUCCAGCAUCAAGAGCAAAGUCCUGCAGGAGUCUGGCAAGAAGGACCAGCUCAUCACCAAGUGCAAUGAAAUUGAGUCUCACAUUAUAAAGCAAGAAGAUAUACUUAAUGGCAAAGACAAUGAGAUUAAGGAGUUGCAGCAAGUUAUCAGCCAGCAGAAACAGAUCUUCAGGAAUCAUAUGUCUGACUGCUGGAUCCAGAAGCAGCAGGAGAACUACAUGGCCCAGGUGCUGGACCAGAAGCAUAAGAAAGCCUCGGGCACGCAUCAGGCUCGCAGCCGCCGGCGUCUCAGGGAAAAAUAAAAUGGCUGUCACCUUACUGUUCUCUAGCU